AUCUUCUGUUCCAGCAACACAUACUUCAUUACCAGUUAUAACAUCCACAAAACCAACAACAGAAACAGAGACAACGGUUGUGCCAGUCACUACAGUUUUGUCCACAACAACAAGAGCUGAAUCCUCCACUGAAGCUGAGAUUACCACUGAGGGGGUUUCUUCAACAACAAAACCAAUCAAAGCUGAAACAACAUUUGCAACAACCACACCAAGCAUCCCCACCACAACACUGUUUGUGAAAGAGAGCACCACUGUCCCAUCAUCCACAGAGACAAGCAGAGCUGCAACAACCUCUACAUCAGUGACAGCUACUCAAACAACUGGAGAGUCAAGAACAACAGAGACUGUUACAGAAAAUGAAACAACUACAUUUGAGACACAUGUGUCCAUCACCACAAGACCGCCAAAGGUGGUGACAACAGGACUAACAAACCAACCAACCACCACAUCUACAACAACAGCUGAAGAAAUCACAUCUACACCAUCUGAACUGUCAACAUCUUCUGUUCCAGCAACACAUACCUCAUUACCAGUUAUAACAUCCACAAAACCAACAACAGAAACAGAGACAACGGUUGUGCCAGUCACUACAGUUUUGUCCACAACAACAAGAGCUGAAUCCUCCACUGAAGCUGAGAUUACCACUGAGGGGGUUUCUUCAACAACAAAACCAAUCAAAGCUGAAACAACUCUUGCCACCAGCACACCAAGCAUCCCUUCCACUUCUGUUAAUGUUGAGGAAAGUACGACUAUAGUUUACAAUACCACCACACUUCACAGACCAUCCAUCACACCUGUCUCAGAAACUGCCUUGACAAGUACCACUCCAAAGGGUUUCGUCUCGUCCACAACUAUGGGAACAUCAAUUGCACCCAUUACACAAACAUUACCACCUUUCACUGGAAAAGUUCCAGUGUCUACAUCUUCUUUUAUUUCAUCAACUUCAAGUGUUUGCUGCUUUGUAAAUGGCACAGAUUUUCAGUCAGGUGAUAUAAUAUAUAAUGUAACUGAUGGCUUGGGUUGGUGCUUUACGGCAUACUGUAAUGUGACUUGUCAUAUUGUGAAGAUUUCAACAUCUUGCAUCACUCCCUCACCCUCCACGCCCUUCACAACCACCCCUUCUUCUUCAACAACAACAAACAAGAACCAAACACAGCCUAUCACACUAAUAUCUACUAAUCCAACCAUGGAAAGAUCAACUACAACUUUUGAACGUAGUUGUUCUUCUCUUGACCCACCGAGACAGGCCAAUGACACUUGGCAGAGUGGAUGUGAGAUCUGUGUAUGCGAGAGUGAAACACUGAAUUACCAUUGCCAGCCUAUUACCUGUCCUUCUUUACCACCUGAUUCUUGUGAUGAGCCUGGAGAAGUUCUUGUCAAUACGACAAUCGACUGCUGUGAGACCUACGAAUGCAAUUGCGAUAAGAGCCUGUGCCCUAUGGAGACGUUCCUCUGCCCUCCAGGCUUUAUGCCAUCCUACAAUGUUAAUGCAGAAAGCUGCUGUCCACAGUAUAACUGCGCACCAAUGGAAGUCUGUGUCUAUAAUACCACGGUGUAUCAGCCCGGCUCAUCUGUGCCAAGUGAUGACCCUUGUUCGCUUUGUUACUGUGGUCGGAAUGUCGACCCUGAAACACAACUGCUUCUUCCAGAGUGUGUGAUGGUUGACUGCAACACGGUCUGUCCAGAGGGUCAUGAGUACCAAAUGACUCCAGGUCAAUGCUGCGGAGUGUGUGUUAGCACCGAUUGUGUAGUUUCACUUGAUAACAUUACACACACCAUCCCAGUUAACCAGACAUGGCAAUCAGUUGAUGAUACAUGUGUGAAAUACACAUGUGAACGAGUCAAUGGACAGUCAAUGACAGUUGAGAGUAAGACCACCUGUCCUGCCUUCAAUGCUGAAGACUGUGUCCCUGGAACAGAGGCAUUGGAUGCAGAUGGCUGCUGUCAAACUUGUACACUGGAGAGUAAAUGUAAUGUCCAGAAGAUCAGCACGAUCCUGGUUAGCAAUGGCUGUGCAAGCAGCGAGCCUGUGGAAAUAACUUCCUGUACAGGAUUGUGCGCCACUUCUUCUUUAUACUCGGCAGAGGCAAACGCUCUCGUCCAUUCUUGUUCCUGCUGUCAAGAAAUGACAACCAGUAAAAAGGAAGUGACUCUGACCUGCGCCGAUGGAUCAAACAUCAAUCACUCGUAUAUUUACAUCGAGUCCUGUGGCUGCAAAGUCUCUAACUGCCCCAGUCAAUCAAUGAGGAGACGCAGAAGAAGAGUGUAAAACCAUCUUCAACCCCCACAAUACACUUGUACACCUGUCCAAUGUAAACAAAAUUAAAAAAGAUUUCUAUCUGUUCGUGUUAUUGUUGUGAAUCUGUCAAUGUAAAAGCUUUAAAAAUGUUGACGUCUCUCCUUGCUGUCAUGACAAUGAAAACUCUUUUAGUCUGCUUUUAGUCUACUAGCUCUUAAUAAACUUUUGCACACUGA